CGUAAAAUGUUCACUGCCGCCGUUCAGCAGUACUUUAGUUUUUGUAACAUUUUACCUAUUGGCACAUCUGCACUGAAUCCUUUUUUUGGUCUAUGAUUUCAAGGUGGCGAGUCGUGCAAAUAAAUUAUUUAUUCUUAAUAAUUAAUUAUAUUGAAAUGUUGAACUAUCAUUUAAUAUUAUAUAAAUUAGAUUACUGCUGAAUGGUUAGUAAGGUCCAUAUUUACAUUGUAUUCGAGUUGUCAAAUUCGUUGCGAGUUGAGUUGUUUCUAGAUUAACAGCUACCAACAGUCAGCAUGGCAAGAGAUGAAAUCCAUUUUAAGAAAUAUGCAACUGACUACGAUCCCAUCAUAAUCGGAUCUAUUGAUGGCACAGACACAGAGCCCCACGAUCGGGCGAUACUGCGUGCACUGCAUUCCGAAUAUAUCCCCAACAAGCUGGUGAAGGGAGACCCUGUCAAUACCCUAUUUAUAGGAAGGCUGAACCCUAGAACUACUGAAGAAACACUUAAAUCUGAAUUUGAUAAAUUUGGAAGGAUAAUUAAUUGCCGUGUUGUGAGAGACAUAGUCACGGGAAAGUCAAAGCAAUAUGCGUUCAUAGAGUUUGAAAACUUGGGAAGUGUGGACCGGGCCCUCAAGGAGAUGCAGAAGGAGUUCAUCGACGGUGCAGAGGUGAUUGUGGAGCGUGAAGCAGAGCGCUGCCUGAGGGGCUGGCGGCCCCGGCGGCUUGGCGGGGGUUUCGGUGGCCGAAAGGAAUCCGGACAACUUCGAUUUGGUUGUCAAGAUCGACCAUUCCGAAAACCCAUAAUGGUUUGGCAAAAACGCGAGAAGGGGCCAUCCAGAUUAUGA